CUCAUCCUUACCAUUCACUGCCAACACAACCAGCUCAAACUCCUCCUCCUCCCGGGAAAGCAACGACCAAACCAUGAAGCUCCUCUUUGCAUUGCUGCUCUGCUCCCUUCUCCUGACCUCCAUCUUCAUGGAGCCCGUCCUCGGCAAGCCGGCAUUCUGCGAGGGCAAGUGCCGGGCGAGGUGCGCGAAGGCGAAGGUGAAGGGGAGGUGCGCCAAGUACUGCAACAUCUGCUGCGCCGAGUGCAAGUGCGUGCCCUCCGGCACCUACGGCAACAAGCACCAGUGCCCUUGUUACCGCAACAAGAAGAACUCCAAGGGCAAGCCCAAAUGCCCUUGAGACUCAGUAAUUCCUGAGGACAGCUACAAUUGUCCUCUUCUGUAUAAGACACCUUAGCCAGCUAGCAACCCAGUAAAAUGAUGAGUGAUUCUCUGAGAUAUUGCUCAAUAAUAACAAGAAUAAUAAGGGCAAUGCACUGUCCUUGGUCACUGUACUAUGCUGCUGUUGUCACCUCUGUGACUGAGCAUUUGUGGAAGUUUAAUAGCAGUUUAAUUAA